UCCAGAAUGGCCGAGAUUGAUGGCAGUUCAGGAUUAAAUAAGACCGUCUCCGAACAAAAGGGUGCAUACCGCAAAAAGUUGUCGUUGAACGAGCACGCUCUACGAAAGCGGCAAGCCUUCAAGUUCGCUACAAGUAACAGAGAUAUCUAUGUGAACAACAAGACGCCUUUCAAGGGACAAUUAUACAAAUGCGAGAAACUACUCGACAAAGGUGCUUCUGAGCUGAUCAUCCAUGGACUUGGUGCUGCUGUGUGCAAAGCAGUUAACUUGGCUCUGCGAUUGAAGGAUAUUCAUCAUAACACUUUAGAUCUUGAUGUUAAAACCUCUACCGUCACUUUAGUAGAUGAUUUAGAAGCAUUAAAUGACGAAGUGGACGACGAGAUAAACAGCAGGCAAAACUCUUCUAUACACAUACGUGUCAUUAGGAGAGUGCCAGUGGCUGUGUUAAGAUCUAAAUAGGAACAAAUUGAUAUUGAGACUUUGUAAAACGAUAUGUUUAAGUGAUAAGUGGGUAGAUAGAGUGA